CAACGACCGACGAUAGCUCUUGGCACAAUUCGUUCAGUGGGGGAUUUGGGCCGGAAGACUCGAAGCGAACUUCGGCAAAAAGCAAUCGGAAAGCACUUCGUUAGGCGCUCGCUCGACUAUCGCAGCGCUUUCCUACUAGUCAGUGACGUCCACUUAGCGUUAGUUAACGUGGGCCGCUCAUUGCUAGUAUUUACAACUCAACUCUCGCAGGGACAGCAACUGCCAAGACAGGAACCGACUCACUCGAAGUAAUUCAUUGCCGAUGCGACAGCGUGCGAGUACCAAAACGCAGCGCCGCCUUAAGCAGCAGCAGCGCGACCCGUAUGCGCUCACAGACGAUGUGUACUGCGAGGCCCCGACAUUCCAUGUAGGCGGUCUCGUGACGGCUGUGGGGGUGGUGCAGCUUUUGGUGGCCAUGGUUCUCGGCGGUUAUGUGUUCGGUGGUGCGUUGCUCUUCUGCUUCGUGCUGCUGGGGGCGCUGGGCCUUGCAUUACUGCACCAUAGCGACCCGAAGGGCACCAAGCAAGGACUGGGACUCAAGCAGGCAAUCAGCCGGCUUAUGGCUCUGCGCCGCAGUGCGUUGGACUACUCGCUGACGCUGUCGAUCGCACAGAGUAAGGAGUAUCAGACGCAGAAGAAAGAGCUACAGAUCGCAGUAGUGCCGUCAAGUCCCACGCCACAGAAGGUGGUGGCGGCAAUGGCACUGAAACCGGAAGAGACUGUGAAGGCCAAGCAGAAGAGGAAGCCGACGCCUCUCGCGAGCAAUGCCCCACUUGCGACGUUGAACCGCGUGGACAUGAAGUCUGUGCCGACGAUCAUUUCGGAAGCCGCUGACGAUCUGUUCAUGGAGAAACCUCGAGCGAAUUCGGAGCCGAAGCAGGUGCUGCGGAGUCGACCACUACUGCCGCUGAAGCCGAGAAUGGAGAAACAAGCACCGGUGCAGGAGAAGAAGAAGAAAAUGCAGGAGAAGACAGUGUCAGUGCUACCGAAGACGUUGGAGAAACCGGAGAUAAAGACUCAGAAGCCUCGACCGCUGAAAAAAUCCGAGCCGAAGGAUCCCAAGGUUGCAGCCGAGAAGGAGGUGCUUCCCAAGGCUGAACCGAAAGCUGUUAUUCCAGUGUUGCCCAAGGCAGAACCUGUGGAACUACCGAAGCCCAAGCCAACUGAGGUUGCUCAUCCUACUGCAACUGACGACGUCGAACCGGUUGCUCCGGUUGUGGCUCCAUUGCCGGUUUUCCCGGCAGUUAAGCCUUUGGUGGAAGUGGCGCGCGGUGAGCCAGCAAUGGAACGGGAGCUAGUUGUGACUCGCAGAGUGCUUUUUUACUCGAACCCGAAAGUCGAGGCGGAGUUGGAUCUGGAAGAGCAGGAAUUGGAGCAAGAACUUGAACAAAAACAGGAACUGGAGCUCGAACACGAUCCGGAAGACUUUGCUCUCUCGAUAGAGGCAUUCCCACCUUUGUCACCGGCAAUGACACCGCAGGAACCGACGCCACUGCCUGCUGCUGACGUUCUGGAGCCAAACUUCCUUAUGGACAUUGAGCUGGAGCCGAUCUCCAAGCCUGAGAAGAAGUUAAUCUCACUAAAUUCUCUGCGUCUCAAACAGGUGGACAACGCUGAUCUGCGCUCGAUGAUGGACGAAUUGGAUGCGAUGCAGUCGGAGCUUGACGCCGCUAUGGCUCGCUGCACUUCGCUGUUGAAUGGAGAUGACGACAAGGAAGCGACAUCCAAUGCAUCAACGCUGGGGUUGGAGCCGGAUGGGGGAGAAGAACCAAUCUUUUGCUGCUAAUAUUUUAGGCAUGGGAUCACUAUGAUGCACGCACUACGAGGUUUUCAGUAUCUUCGGUUUUGAUGCGAGUGUGUGCGUCAUAUUUUGUUUGGCUUUUUUAUAAGAGAGAAAACAGGAAAAACAAAGAAAAAUGGAGAAGUAAACGACACAAUAAAAAUUUUCCAAGGUCUCUGAGCCCAUUCCACCACUA